CAGCCUAAUAUCCUUCUACCAAAGAUGCAUAGAACUUACAGAAAACUCUCACCAUUGGCUAAAACCAUAUUAGGAGUCUCAUUUGUGUUGAGUAUAAUUUUAUACACAUCAAUCUUCUUAUAUCUGAACACUCAAAGCAUAGAUGAUCUCCAUGUACUUGGUAUAGACACGUGUCCUGCAUGUUACGGUACAAACUUAUGUGACAGCUUUAAAAAUGGUGACGUCACUGCAACAGGAUGGUCAAAACUGAAAUUCUGGCAUUGGAUUAAUAUCAAAAACGUCCACACUGGGACGUUUCAUAAUAAAAAAGUAAUCAUGAAAAAAUUAGCUCAUGAUGAAGAAAUUGCUGCAAUUGACAACAAGAUCUGUAAAUCUGCUCAACUUGACGCUAACUGUGAUAUUAAAACUGCGAUACAAAAAUCAAGCUUAUUUCAACACACUGACAAGAUUUAUAUAGAUGAAGUCAAGGGACUUUCUGAUUUGGUGACUUGUCCAUCAGAGAGACUGAUUGCAGAUAUAAAGUCAGCAUAUCUCCAGACAGAAAACAAGAAAACAUUUACAUUUCAAGAUAAAAUGAAACUAAUGACAAUGUUGAUGAUCAACCCAGAGCCUUUAAUGUUACAGAUAUUCUCAGCACAGGAGGGCUGGCCAGUCCCAAAGUACUAUGGGGCCUGUGGGCGCUGGAUUGUGGAGGAGAAUUCUGGGACAAUUCUAGGAGAUUAUUACGACUCCAAAUGGGAUAUUAGGGUGGAUUUAGCAUACCAGUUGUUCAAAUUGGCCGACAAGAUGACACAAAAUGCUGAUUAUGCCCUCUAUUGGACCGAUGUUAGCUAUGACAAUCUGGUGGUAGAUUCUGCUGGGAAACUCAUCGCGAUUGAUCUUGAGAAUGUUAUUGUAGUUGAUAAGAGAAAGGUGGAAAAAGACAAACCAAAUAACUGGGAUAGCCCUCACAUUAGCAAUUUUGACGAAUGUCCACAUUACGGCAACUGCCUCUCCUUUGAUACUGCAGAACUCUGCUCUCAUACACUUGCAGACCAUAACUACUACGCCAUCUGUCGGGACAUGCUAUCAAACUAUGCAUCGGAUGUAGGCAAACCUGAGGGAUUUUUACAUAACAUGCCAGAUUAUGUUAAGGAGGAUUAUAAGUUAGAUAAGCUAUUGGAGCAAUGUGCAAACCCUCCACACUAUAAUGACCGCCUUAAGAUAAAAGAUCAGAUCAUGGAUAUACUCAAUAAGUUACGAACAACUCAUGUUUAAAAUGAGUUUGCGAACAACUCAUGUUUAAGA